AGUCAGCAGCCAGGAGCAUCCCAUGGCUGUGAGUCCCUGGGUGAUGGGUCAGCAUCGCCCUGUGGGCUCCCGAGCCCCCCAGCCAUGCUGGAGUAACCUGGGGCGGGGGGAGCACCCACUUGGGGACAGCACCCCAAAAGCGUGGGCAGGCACGUGGCAAGGGACAGCCAGAGUGGGACCUCCGAGCUGUGGCAUCGCUGUGGGGCAGGGGGGGAAUUUGCCACCUCCCAGGGAGGGGAAUCCCAGGGGACACAGGAAAGGCUGGUGGCUCCUCAGGGAACCGUCGCACUGUCACACAGAGGCCUGACCGCAUUUCUCAAGGGGACCGACGCCUUGGGGGCCACCGCCACCAUCCCUCAGGGAUCCGAGAAAACAAACAGCAGCAAGUUUUCGCUCUUGUUUCGUGGAAAAAGUGGGGCCAUGCUCGCGCUGGGGCAGUGAAUCACCACCACACUGGGCCAGCCGCCCGCGCUGGGAUGUGGACAGGGAUGGGGAUGUGCCCCCACCACCCCCAGCCCCUUCCCUGCUCGCCAGCAGCCCGUGGUACAGCUGGGGACAGGGGGAGGGCAGAGGUGCUGCCAUGCCAGGGGGGUGCCAGCACCCUCGGUCCUGCAGCCUGCCUGGAUGCGGCCCCGGCGGGGGAUGGUGCAAUGCCUGGCCCCAUCCCAGCCCCAGGACGGGCUGUGGGAUCAGCACCCGCCUCGGGUGUGCGAGGGGGCUCCCAGCCCUGUGGGUGCCCUGGCACCGGGGGCUGGGAGGGGGUGGUGAGUGGUGGGUGCCAGGCUGUUGGGAUGUGGCGCGGAGCUCACCCAUGACACGGGGACACAGAUGCAGGACCAGCCGCUGCGUUUGGUGCCGAUCAGGGCUGGCUUGAGGUUUGUCUUGGAGAUGGGGAUGGAGGGCAGGUGGCAGUGCCACCCUGCAUGAGGGGGAGGCAGCGGUGCCAGGACGCCUACAACGGGGUGGGGCAGGGUCUGUGCGGAGGUGGUGGGUCAGGGUACAGCUGGGCAUUCCGUGGGGACCACUGGGCUGGGAACGGGGUCAGCCAGUAGCGUGGGGACGGGGAAGACAGGCUGGCAAGGACAUCCACAGCCUGGAGAAAUGGGUCCCAGGAGGAGAGGAGGGGUCUGGUUCCCGCAGGGGGUCUGGUCCCCACUGUUGCCAUGCCUCUGCCCCUUCCCACAUCACCCCAUUUGCAGCCUGGACUAAUUAGCGAUGGAGGUUGCAGCCCUGCGGCUUCCCAGAUGCUGGAUGCUUCCCAAUCCCGGGUCACCACCGAGCGAGCCAGUGUGACAUUGACCGGGCUGCCCACGACCGCAGCUUUCCUCGUGCACCCGCCACGGCCGGUGUCCCGGGGACAACCCCUCAGCUGCAGCUGUGGGCAAGGCAGGAUCAGUGCCGGCAGCGGCGGAGGGCACACGCCAUGGAGCUGAGCCGGGAGGGCGCCUGAAGCUGCUGGAAGGAGCGGGAUGGGGUGGGGGGGAUAUGGAGCUCCCCAACGGUAGCAGGGCCGGCCGGGCGGACACGUGCUUCGGGGCGUUCAAUGCCAGCGAUGGCCGCACCGGCGCACAGGCCAGCAUCACCUCGCCCUGGUUCUCCACGGCCUUUGGCCUUAUCGGCCUCUGUUCCAACCUCUUCGCCCUCUGUGUCCUGCUCAGCUCCUCCCGCAAGCUGUCCAGCCAGGCUCGCUCCUCCUUCCUCGUCUUCCUCUGUGGGCUGGUGGUCACAGACUUCAUGGGGCUGCUGGUGACAGCCUCGGUCAUCAUCCCCUACCACUUCAUCAAGUUCACCUGGGCUGAGGUGGACCCUGGCUGCCACCUCUGCAACUUCCUCGGCUUCUCCAUGGUCUUCUUCGGGCAGUGCCCGCUGCUGCUGGGGGCCACCAUGGCUGGCGAGAGGUUCUUUGGCAUCAACCACCCCUUCUCCCGCUCCACCAGCAUCUCCAAGCGCCGCGCCUGGUCCAUCGUGGGGCUGGUGUGGGGGUUCUCCUGCCUGCUGGGGGCUGCUGCCUGCUGGGGCUGGGGGCGGUACACGCUGCAGUACCCCAGCUCCUGGUGCUUCCUCACCCUCCUGCCCGACACUGGCAACGUCAUCUUCUGCCUGCUCUUCGCUCUGCUGGGGAUCUUCUCCGUGCUGCUCUCCUUCAUCUUCAACACAGUCAGCGUGGUGACGCUCUGCCGUGUCUACCAUGACCGGGAGUCAGUGCAGCGGCGCCGGGACAGCGAGGUGGAGAUGAUGGUGCAGCUGGUGGGCAUCAUGAUCAUUGCCACCAUCUGCUGGAUGCCCCUCCUGAUAUUCAUCGUGCAGACGGUCCUGCAGCAGCUGCCGGCCAGUGGCCAGAUCCAGAUGCUGCCCACAACAACGCAGAAGAUGCUGCUUAUCUACAUCCGCAUGGUCACCUGGAACCAGAUCCUGGACCCCUGGGUCUACAUCCUCUUCCGACGGGCCGUGCUGCAGCGCAUCUACCCCAGCCUACGCCCCCGGCCCUCCAUCCUCUCCCUUUACCCCGUCCUCAAGCCCUCCCUGCGCCGCAAGCUCACCGCAGACUCCGUCCUGCAGUAGCAGCCCCCAGGGACAGGCACCGCGGGAGGGGGCGAGGACCCCCCCAUCCCACCCAUCUGGGUUAAUUAAUUGUCCCUAUCACCUACAUCCAUGGGCCACCCCAGCCUGGUACUCAAGGGGGGUGGUAGGGGCCAUAGGGGUGCUCCCCCAUCCCCAUCUAAGUGCCCCCCCCCCCCCCAAUAAAACACAGCUUUUGCAGCUC